AAGUUGCGGAAGUCCAGUGGGAGAAGGAACGAUAACCGCGAAACGUGGCAUUCAUUGGCUGGCUUGUUGUGGAGCGUUGUUGCCGACUGCCGAGAAGCGGAACGCCGAUGAUCGCGACGGUGUUGAGCGGAACCAAGGCGAAGGGACCCGCCGGCGGCGGCGCCUCCUCCUCGCAGCAGACGAUCAGGCUCGCCCCGCUUGAGGUCGCGGAGUGCUGCUGCUGCGGGUUCAGGGAGGAGUGCACGCCCGGCUACGCGCGGCGCGUGAGGGAGCGGCACGGAGGCCGGUGGGUGUGCGGUCUCUGCGAGGAGGCUGUCAAGGACGCGAUGGCGGCGGCGGCAGGGGGAGGGCCGGGGAGGGAGGCGGCGAAGCUGGAGGAGGAGCUGAGCCGGCAUUCCGAGCUCUGCAAGCGGUGCCAAUCUCCAGUCGCGGGGCAUUCUGCGGAGGAACUGAUAGACCGUCUAAAGCAUCUUCUGCGGCGAAUCCUGAACGCUCAACGCCGGGAAGGGGGAGGCUGAAGAUCCGGCGAACCACACCGGAGCGAGCUCGAAUUGCAGGCAAAAAUGGGGACGCGCACGUGGUUUUAAGAGCAUCAUCGGACCUAGGUAGACUAUCAUAUCG